AUGCACCUCCUCCCCCUCCUCCCCGCCCUCCUCCUCCUCCUCCCUUCCCUCGCACAACAAGCCCUCAACGAACCACCCGACAACACCCUCUACCUCGGCGCAUGGCUCGACACAUCCUCCGACUCGCCCCAAUCAUUCAACCAGCGCCUAGGUCAAAACACCCCCUGGUUCCAGUUCGCACAGACCAUCCCCGCUGGAAAUCUCGACGAAGUCACUGGACAGGGUGGUAUCGUUAACGCUAGCUUGGUAUGGGAGACAGGCACGGACGCCGGCGUGUAUGUCACUGUCUACCCUACACAGGGGUUUGCCGCUAUCCAGGAACAAGAUUGGGCAGCCCUCGGCGUCCAACUCCAGACCUACGUCCUCCUGGGGCGCGCCGUCUUCCUCCGUUUCGCACCCGAGAUGAACGGCAACUGGGACAUCUGGGGUAUCCAGCCCACAGCGUUCAAGCUCGCUUGGAGCACGAUGUACUCCAUCCUCAAGUCCUCCUGUCCUAGCUGUGCGCUCGUCUGGUCCCCUAACGCUAGUCCCGGGUACCCGUACUCUAUCCCUCUGGACUCGGUCGUCUCUCCCCAGGACCGGCUUGCCCUGGAUACGGAUAACGAUGGUCAGCUGACGUCGGCGGACGACGCUUACGCGCCCUAUUACCCCGGGAACGAGUUCGUAGACUGGGCAGGAGUGUCAUAUUACUACAAAGGCAUCUACCCGAAUAGUUAUAACGUCCUCCCCGGUCCAGGGACCGUAGAAGCCGCACUGACGGGGUACGCACCCCCCGAGCUCGAAACGCAGGAUGCGACGCAGUACACUCCUUUUUACUCGACAUACUGUACGAACCUUCCAUGCAUGUUCUCCGAGUCCGGCGCGGCAUGGCACUGGAACACCACUAGCCAACCGGCGAGCUACGUCGAGCCCUCGCACACAGCAGUCCAACAAGCCUGGUGGUCCCAAGCCCUAACCAACAGCACCUUCCUCUCCCAAUACCCAAGACUAAAACUGCUCAUGCUCUUCGAAUGGUCAAAAGUAGAAACAGACAGUAACAUAAGCACGCUGCGCGAUUUUAGGCUCUCGAACGCGAGCGAGGUCCUCUCUGCUUUCCAGGAAGAUCUAGCACCGGUGCUGCAGAGGUAUGUUUGGGCUUCACCCAGAGGAGAGCAGGGGCCACAGGGCAUCCCACAGGGUCAGGUACCAAUGCCUCUGCCAAGCUUGACACGGGCGAUGCCCUACCGCCAACCGACGCCUUCGAGCCCGAGUCUGUUCUGGUCUGCGGCUUAG